CGGUAGACUUAGGUCUCUAUUUAAAGGCCUCUCAAUCAUCUUCCAACACAUUCCCACCAAACUUGAGAAUUCUCGUGCUCUGUCCAAAGCUUACUCGGUUGGGGAAGAGCCGGCGGCAUUCUCGUUUAUCUAAUUCAAAACUCUGGCAAAAAAAUAUGCAGAAAGUUAUUAUCCAGGUGGAUUGGUCCAGCGAGAAGAAAAAGAAGAAGGCCAUCAAGCUGGUCUCCCAAAAUGAAGAUGUAAAAUCAUUUUCAGUGGACGACGAGAAGAAGCAACUAACAUUCGAUGGGGACAUGGAUGCCGUAUCGCUCGUCAAAAAGAUGAGAAAGGAAUUCCCGAUGACGCAAAUUGUUAACCUGAAAAGCGAGACCCCUGUCUCAACAACGACCGAGGCACCACGGCAGGAGCCUCAUCCACCCUAUGGACACCCAUAUUACCCCAAUCCUCACAAUGGCUAUCCCCCGUACGGGGGUUACAAUGGCUAUCCACCGUAUGGGGGCUAUCCACCGUAUGGGGGUUACAAUGGUUACUAUCCUUCUCAGUAGGGCUGUAUCCAAUAUGUCAACGGCUAUGUGGACUUCGCAAGUGCUUUGAUUCUACUCUAUACAACCUUUCACUUGUAUCGCUCUACCCUACACUUUGUUAGUUCGCAUGGAUGUUCAUGUAUCGUCUGAUUUGGUGUGAACGGCCUGUCUAGCAAAGAUUAUAUAAACUAGAAUUACGGGAAAUGUUCCAAAUGUCUGGCAUGCAUCGGAGGUAGCUUCCUCGGAGGUUCUUACACAAACUGAGCCGCUGUCUGAGGGAUCAUUAAGAGCCAAUGUUUAUCUGUAUUUUAAUCCUUUAGUUAAUAGAUUGCACUUCGGAUA